GUCAUCGUCUCCCGCCGUGCUGCUGCUGAGCCUUCGACGUUCGCUGUGGAUGAAAAAAAAAAUAUAUAUAUUCCUCUUUGCUUCAGCCAAAAGACGCAUGAUUUAGGAAGGGAAAUACGCGAAGCCUGAGUCCGAGUCGUGUCUUCUGUGAACCUGGCAGAACCACCGAGGACCGGCACCAAGGCCGAGAUGAGCAAAAGAACCGGAUGAUUUUGGCUCCGCGGACCCUGAGAUCACUUCCCUGCAGCAGAAAGUUCUCCCACAGCAAAGGAUACGUGGCAUUUUUUUUGUCUUAACAAAGACACUCGAGGAAAAAGAGCAGGCACGUAAAAGAGGAAACAGACUCACCAUCAUUCCGAGAUCCCCUCCAUUUGAAGCACUCACAGCUGAAGUCUACAGACAGAGAGUAUGAGGACAAGCUGUGUCACCCCACAUCGCAGCCCAACAAGAUAUGACUUCACAUGGGUCCCGUGCUAAUCACCAUGACGACCAUAAAGCUGUGACUGUUACUGUGAAGCCGUCGCCCCUUUCCAACACCUGACCCCAGACCCUCCUCCUCUUUGGAAAUCCUUCCUAUCAGCCUGUGCUGCUUCCCUCUCUCCUGCAAACUCAAUCUUUACCUUUACCUGCCCGCCCCCACUUCUCUCCCCUUAAUAAUCACGGAUUCCUGUUCUUUCUUCUUCUUUACUUCGGCAUCAUGCAAGGUGCUUCUACCACCCCCAUUCUGCUUAUUCUUCCCUCCCUCCUAUUCUUCUCCUACUUGCCCAACAUGGCCAGCGGAGACUGCUGGCUCAUUGAGGGGGACAAAGGCUACGUGUGGCUGGCUAUCUGCAGUCAGAACCAGCCGCCUUACGAGACCAUCCCACAGCACAUCAACAACACGGUCCACGACUUGAGACUGAAUGAGAACAAGCUGAAAGCUGUGCUCUUCAGCUCCAUGUACCGCUUCACCAAUCUGACCGACCUCAACCUGACCAAGAACGAAAUCAGCUACAUUGAGGAUGGAACCUUCGCAGGACAAGCCAACCUACAGGUUUUACAGUUGGGCUACAACAAGUUGACAAACUUAACUGAGGGCAUGAUGAGAGGCCUGGGCCGCAUGCAAUGCCUCUUCCUCCAGCACAACCUCAUUGAGGUAAUUUCCAGCAAUGCAUUCUGGGAGUGCCCUAGCCUAAGCAGCAUUGACCUGUCGUCCAACAAACUUGCCCGCAUUGAUCCAUCCACUUUCACUGUUCUAAUGCGCCUAAUGGUGUGUGAGCUGGCAGCAAAUCCAUUCCACUGUGGAUGCGAUCUUUACAGCUUCCUAACCUGGUUGGAAUCCUUCAACAACGUCACACACACCUAUGACCGUCUCCAGUGUGAGACACCGAGAGAGAUGCUUGGCUACCCCUUACUUAGUCCUAUAGCUGCUGGCCAUGCUGGUCGAAAUGCCAAAAACAUAUUGAACCAUCACUGCCGGGAUGGAGUUAUGAUUCCAGGGAUGACCUCUCUCCCACCAGAUAUGGAUGGUUCUUCCGGGAUGGGGCCAGAGAUGUUUGGUGGUGCCGGGCCGUACCACCAGCCCACCACCUCUUCAUCAUCUACUGAACUCAGUGUUCCCAGUAUCAAGCUCCAUCAUGUCUCUUUGUCAUCAGCUUCUCUCCUUGUGCAGAUUCCAAGGCCCUACAGCAAAAUGUAUAUUCUGACCCAAUACAACCAGACAUUCGUGUCUGAUGUCAUGAAUUUGAAGAACAAGAAGGAGAUGAUUACCCUCAACAAGCUCAAGCCGCACAACAAUUACACAUUUUGUGUAGGAUCCAUUCGCAACUCUCAACGUUAUAACCACACCUGCCUCCAGUUUUCCACUCGGGCUCAAAAUCAAGACGACAUGCUCCCCACACCUUCCACCACCACUCACUACAUAAUGACUAUUGUGGGCUGCCUUUUUGGCAUGCUCAUUGUUUUAGGCUUUGUCUAUUAUUGUCUGCGUAAGAAGCGGAGGCAUGAUGAGAAGAAGAAGUCGAUCUGUGUCAAGAAAACAAUACUGGAAAUGCGCUAUGGACCCGAGGUGGCAGCAGCAGUGGGAAACGAUCCAUCGGCAGUCCAUAAGCUCCAGGAGCAGUCCAGAGAACAUCACCAGUAUCAGCAUCACCACGGGGGCAAACUUCCCAUGUCCACAUCCUCCAGCUCAGGAAUGCUCCACUCAGCCAACACCAGUUCCUCCAGACUUUCCUGUAUCCCACAAGUGGAAAAGAUGGCCACUGCCUUUUCAGAGGCCAUGGCUACAAGUAAAGGAAACUAUAUGGAUGUCAGAACUGGAGGGGUAGGAGAUGGUGGGCAUGGAGGGAUGAGGGGGGAAGACUUGAGGGACGAUGAUGGAACUGAUGUUGGGGAUGACUCCGAUGAUGACGGCCAUGGCUCUGCAUCAGAGAUAUCCACCAUUGCGAUGGAGGUAGACAAGGUUAACCAGAUUAUCAACAACUGCAUUGAUGCACUGAAAUUAGACGCAGCAGUUGCUGCUUCUGGGGCCUCUACUAACCCUACAGCCUCCUCCAAUCCCACCUCUCCUCCCCCCACCAGUGCAUCCGCCCUUACUCGUGGCUUAAUCCCACUCUCCCAAGGGGUUACAGAGACUUGCCAAGUCAUAGCUCCUAACAAAAUACCCCCACCACCUCCACUACCUGCCUUGAAUGCCCCUCUCUCUGAGCGCCCAGGGAUCAGUGGUGGUGGCUUUGUCAUCAGUCCCCCCUACAGGCCCCCUCCUCCAGCCACUGCUGUACGUCCAAUUCAGCGACAAAUGAGUGCAGAUGCAGCUGUGGUUAUUGUGAAUGCUGUCAAGAAACAGUGCAGCACCACCUCUUGUAGUUCCAUGGGUCGGGACAGGGACCGUGGAGGAGCGAGGGUGUACAGCCUGGAUGUUCCUGAACCUAGGAGUCCAGAUGCAUGUAAUCAACAACAGCAGCAGUACCAAGACAGGGCCAGUCCCUUGGGAUGUGGGGAGCCCCUAGAGCGCCUGCCUUUAGUGGGGAGUGGGAGCUGUGGUGGAGGGGGUGGCGGUGGUUGCGACAGUGGUGGUGUUGGUGCCCAUCAUCAGGACAGUCAAAAGCCGCACCAUUACCAUCAACAGCAGCAAAUGCAACAGCAGCAGCAGCAGCAACAACAGCAGCAGCAGCAGCAGCAGCAGCAGCAGCAGCUGGAGGUGCAGCAGGACUACCACUGCUCGGAGCACCGCCACUCUGUCCCAGCUCUCUACUAUGAAGGCUCCCACCAGGGCUCCCCAGCUCAGAGGGUGUCAUUCCUAAAGCCUCUGACGCGUUCAAGGAGGGAUGCAGCAUCCUACUCCCAGCUUUCGCCUGCCCGCAACCAUUCCAGUUACUCUGGCUAUUCCUCCAGCCCAGAGUACUCCUCAGAGAGCUCACUGCGCAUCUGGGAGCGCUUCCGUCCCUACCGGAAAGGCCAGCGUGAUGAGGCCUGUUAUGUGACAGCCGGAAAUGCCCUUCGAAAAAAGGUGCAGUUCGCCAAAGGCGAGGACCUGCAUGACAUCCUUGAUUAUUGGAAAGGUGUGUCAGCACAGCAGAAGCUGUGACUGUGGGACCAAAGCAUUGUGGGAAAAAGAGUUUGAAUACUUCUUUUCCUGAAAGGCCUGUGGGCUAAAGAAACCAUUUGAAGUUCACGGGGAGUUAAAUGUACAACAAAAUUUUGCCUUUGGGUUAUUUUGGCAUGCUCGGUGUAUAGAAUAUUGUGCUAAAGCAAGGACUGUGAAACUGUGCCUGGGAUACAAGAGUAAUUAUGGUGUUUUAUUUCACACUUCGCUGUAGCCCCAUUUCUGAGUCAUUUUCAUUUAGUUUUUGUGGGUUUUAUUUACAGCACAGGGAGCAACUGCCAACUGUGGGAUUCAUACUGUUUGAGUGAUCUUAUUUUGUGACCUAUGAACCGUCUUCAUCAGUGCCAUGUUUUCAUCUAUGGGUAAUCACUGAAGGUAAAUGUUGAUACCCUUCACUUCAAGAGGUUUUUUUCAUAUAAUCUGCAGUGAGGUACUUGGGUUUGUUUGGGCUUCUUCGUGGAAGUAGAUUAUAAUGGAGUUGAAAUCCUGUCCGUCUCUCUUCCAUGAGAUCUGUCCUGCAGCUGACAUAUUUGCAUUUCAAUAGCAUUUGUCACAUAGAAAGAAAGGAGACAUCCGAAAGAAAUAAACAAAUAAACCAUGAAAGGAGAGUCAGGUGGGCUCCAAAUUCCUGCAGCGUAAGGAAAUCAUGAGAGAGAGCCUUCGCCUAAAAUAGUGCUUUGAUUGCACCCUGAGGUGUUGAGCACAUCUUUCCAACUAACAGUCUUGCAUAGUUUAUUGAGCGAUGUAAAGAAUGUUGUUCCACAGAUGUCCCAAACUGCCCUAAACCAAGAAUUAUUUUAAUUUGAAGUACUGAUCGCAAAAUAAUGUCCCCUGUUAUGAAGUUAAUUAUGUGCUACUGACCUGUGUACAACAGGGAUGGAGAGAACUUGAAAGCGAGAGGGUGAAUAAAAGCAGAUGAUAUCAAUUAUUUCCUGCAGCCACUGUGAAUGUAAGUAGAUUACAAGCAGGUUACGGGGGAAAUCUCUUUUGCACCACAUUGCGUUCCAAAUCAUUUCUCUAACGUUUAACGUGAACGAGGCGCAGAGGGAAAGGACGCAUCUAAUUACUGCCAACAUGUCUGUUCUGGAAAUUAAUAUUCUUGUCUAUUGAUAACUUAAUUAGCCAACUAGUGACAGGCACGUUUGCUUGCACUUUAUGCCUCAUGAUUGUGUGUGGCUGUGUGGUGCACAGUGGUCAGUAUAAGUGGGUGUUGGCAUGCCUUGUCAGAUUAUAUUGUAUAUGCCCAAAUUGACUUAAAUUGAUAGUUGUAAUUAUCUUGCCCAGCAGUGGCUGGUUGUCUCAACAAUACUAGAUUAUUAAUGGCAUGGACAAAUGUACAAAUAUCAACAGUGUUCAAUGUAUUUUCCCACACGUGCAUCACACGGCGCUCAGAUAUUCGUAGCAUAGUGCCUCUUGCCAACACGGCCAUGAUCUAAUCUCCAUUCGCCGUCAUCCACCUGGCCUUUUCUAUUCUAUUGUGAUUUAGCAAAAAUAUGAUCGUGUCAUUGCCAGGCAUUUUUGGACAAAAAAGCAUCCUGCUCACCCAAAGUGCUGCGUACCCGUUAAAAGAACCAUGCAUCAUCAGCCAACAUACACAAUCUGAGACAUCCUACCCUGAAAAUGUGAAAACUGAAUCCUCAUCGCGUCAUUCACUGCUUCAUUUAAGAGAAACAGCAGCAUAGUGAAAAGUUUAAUUUCAGGAAUGUUUUUAUCUAUUUUUUUUUUUCUAUCCUGUUUUGAUUAUUGUGACAGUGUUCAUUUGGCCCAUGUUACCUGGAUGUAUAGGAUCGGGAUGAGCAGGAUACUGAACACAACCUGCUCUGUGCUACUAAAUGAUACAUGUUAGAAAUUUUCUUUCUUAUAGGCAGAAUUCGGGUCUGGACGACAUUUUACAUUUCUCAUUUCUUCUUCUUUUUUUUUCUACAUCUUCUCAAUAAAUGCGGGUUGAACAGGGAUAAAUAUGCACAUGUUAAAGGGAGGUGUGUACUGAUAUCUACAUAUUGAUCUGUGUAUUUCUUCCCUCCUGUUUGUUUUCAGGCCACAUUUAUCGCUCUCUUUUUUCCCCCCUGUUUUAUUAAGAUGUGUGCAUACAGUCUGGGUCAGGAGGUCGUUUCCCUUGGAGUCAGUUUCGUGCUGUGAGUGUGCAACACCCAAGUUCAAGGGCCUCACUGUGAUGUUUUAUUCAUAACAUGUCUGGGAUGCACCAGCUCGUCCGCUGUCUUUAUAUGAUACGAUGAACACACGUGACGAUCUCCUGUUAGGUGAGAUUACAACCUUUUCUAAAGGAACUUAUCACCGUUGAACUCCCCAGAGUCUCAACUGCUACAACCAGUUUACAGAAAUGGACACUAAGAAUAAGAGCAGCAACAAAUUUCGGUUCCAGUUUAUGUUCAUCUACCGGACAAAUUAUAAUAUGACACAAACUUAUUAAAUACAUUUUCCAUUACAAGUCACACAUUAUUCAAUUUUCAGGGGACAGAUCUAUGUUCAAUUGCUCUUCUGCUCAAAUUGCUAUCAAACUUUUUCCUUUUUUUUUUCAAUUACUCUUUGUGAUUAACCAGCAUUACUGGCCCAACUGCAAUUUCAAUGCCUGGGUAAGAAAUGCCAAACUUUCAAAUAACUAGUAAACAAUGUUUUCACCAUAGCCCAAAUAUGGGCUAUUGUAACAUUUUAAAGGGAUGAUAUUUCUCACGAUUAGAGAUUAAUAAAAAAAACCUGCAUGUAAAAUGCAAACACAGACACGAACAAUUUUAAUUUGACAAUUGUAAUCUCUAUGCAAAAAGUGAUUGAAACAAAAGAUUUUGACAGAUUUGUUUCAGCACUGGACUCAAAAAUAAACGUCUGCUUUUCAUUAUUGCUUGCUCCCCUAUAACAAUAGUUGGUGGUUUACUCCAAACUGUUGUGGUAAUUGUCCCUGGAACCUGACGGGUAUUUAAUAACAUGUCACUUUUCCGUUGGGGUUAUGGGACCAUUGAGGAUGCAGCUCAUAUCUGCAAGUGUCAAUCGACAGGAUUGAUGCUUUCAAUACGCUAAGAGCCGGCUCGAAUAAUUUACCAGCUGAAUUAUUAAAAACCUAUCAGGACCACAAAGUCGUUUUUUCUGUCGCACUGAGCCAGCACAAAAAAAAUAAAUACAAACCCUGUCCUCUAUCUGCGUCGAUCCCCUGUAGGGCGGCUCACUCAGAGAUCGAUGGGCCUUUUUUUGUACCCCCCGUCCUUGUUGUUUGUCUCGGAGCCACCGGAGAGCCAGACGUGAGAAACUUAUCUAAUGUGCCAUUACUCUUUAGUCCCUUUGUGGAAACCACGGACGCUUUCAGUUUCCAACGUGUUAAUCCUUUGAUGCCGUCUUAUAUUUAAAGCCUGGUCCAAAUAGCCGACUCCGGUCGAUCAUUGGAAUAGGGAAUACGCUCCAUUAUCUGAAGGAGACAGGGUUGGACGAAAGAGUUUAGUCUGACCUCGAUAAGUGAUUCAUAUCACGACACAGUAUUGGUGGCGGAGUCAGGAUGAGUCACAGUCUGAUUAAACUUAAACGACUCCUUUUUUCCUAAAAGGCAGGUAAUGGGCAAACUCUUCAAAGAGAAGAGAGCAAUGAGGGGGGGGCUGAACGCAGGCAGACAUCCAGGAUAAAAGAUGUGGAAGCAUGGCUGCGCUAAAACUUACCAUGCAUGAAUCAGUGCAACGCUUUAAACCAACCGUAACACACGUGGGAACAAGCUCGUGCAUUUCUCGCAUCUGAAAGCAGCUCUUCUUAAGGAGGACGGCUUAAUUUCGGCUUGAUUUUAAGGCAGGUCACAGGCAGGUAAUAGCACCGUUUCAAAUCCUUUCCUUUAGUAUCUCUUGACCUUUUUGUCUAAUAGUCCGUUAAAUCCAUUAGUUUACUGUGAGGGAGAUUAGCUCGUGUGGAUAACGUGCCAAAUGUGAUAAUUGGAGAAAACUACCGUCUCCUCACAAUUGCCACAGCAGAGCUUAUGGGCUUAUGCGAUGGGAAUUGAAUGCAUGUCAUCUGUAUUGGUGCUCUAUUGUGAAUUUAUAUUUAUAAUGGAUAAUGGACUUCUAUUGAGAUAAAUGAAUUGUCACGUUGGCGUGACCGACUUCUUGGUCACUCUUCAUACUUUACGAGGCAGCUCCGACUGGGCCGAGCACUGCCAACCGUUCCUCUCCAACUGCCAAGCGCUCUGGUGAAGAGUAAAUAGGUUUGUUUGUUUAUUUUUUGUUUACGGUGUUAAUGUUACUCAACUGAAACUCUUCAUCAGAAUGCAACAGACUACACGUGUUCCUCUCGGAUGCGUGGCUCUUUGGGCUCGGUAGCUAAAAAGUAAACAGACCUAAAGCUGAGCCUGUAAGCCGUUCUAAGCUCAGAGAUACGCAUGUCGUCGGCGAAGGGUUUUAAAUCUCUUUGUCAGGUAUUUGAGCUGGAGAAGAAUUCCACCUUUGAUGAUUGUAAGUAAUAGGCUUCCUGAGCAGAAGAGCAUUUGAACAUCCGAAGUGAGCCACAGCGGGGCCACGAUCUGCAACUCGAUUGGACGCCACCUUUCACGACAACACUUUUUUUUUUUGUUCCCCCACCACAAAUGUAUCCAGUUUGUUUAUUCACACUCAAAAUAUGCAUACUGCAAGUUUUUAGUUCCCAAAGACGGACAAAGGAUUUAAAGAAUCUGUGAAAUAUCUGUGAAUUUUGUACACUAGAUAAAAGAUAAAAAAGAUGCUAAGGUAAAAAAAAAAAAAAAAAGCUUCUAUAGAUGUUUUAUACUCAAGCCUGAAAUCUUGA